UUGAAUUGAACAGUUUGCAACUAAUUUACUUUAAUAAGAUUAAAAUAUAAUGGCAGAAUCAGAUAUGUUUACUCAUGAAUUGAUUUGUAACGAUAACAGUACAAAGGAGUUUUUGCUUCAUGAGAAAACUUGCGAAGCAUAUAAGGAUAGUGACGAUGAGAUUAAAAUGAUAUUUAAAGAAAUUAAAAAACUCUCGGUUUCUAAAAAUAAGGAUACAGAAAUCGGCGAAGAUGUUGAGGAUGUGGACUUAAUUUUAAAAAGGGCAGAGGAUAUUGCCCAUGAGACUGAAAAUAUUUUAAAAAGUAGCCCUGUAGCGACGGUGGUGAAUGGCAUUCGUCCUUAUAUCGAUUCCGGUAACAUACCACAAAUAAAAGUUACCAAGCCUAGUGAUAAAGAAAUCCGCAUAGGAGAGUAUAAAACACUUUUUAAUGAAAAGAAUAACCAAAAUACAAAACAGGGGAGUAAAGAGGUAAACGAAAUUCGACGUAAACCAAAGCUAAGACCUUUCUCUGCUGGCGUCAUCGAUACGAAGAAAAAAGAGGCCGCGAAAGUAGCGAAAUUUACAUCAAACACACCGAAAAAAAUUACGAAUUGUAAACACGAGUCCUUAGUAGAAGAAUUAAAGGACACGAAUGAAAGAAUAAAAAGUUUAGAGUUGCUUAAUGUUCAAUUAACAGACGACAAUAAAAUAUUACGUAAAAAAUUAGACCAGGUAAAUGAAGAAAAAUAUGUAGCCUCAUUAAAAGUUACUGAAUGUGAGAAAUUUGUUCAUCGAUUGUCAAAAGAAUAUGAAAAUAGAAAUUCGGAACUUCAAACUUCUAAGCGAAAUGAGACAAAUUUAAUGAAUGAAUUGAAUAAAGAAAGAAAUGAAAGAAAAAAUAUAGCAAUACAGCGUGAUAAGGAUGCAGUUGUUAUUCAAGAUCUGCAAAGACAAGUGAAGGAGAUGGAAAUGAUACUGAAAAGAAAACAUCCCGAUUCAGUAUCGGCUUUGAUAGUCGCUUCAAAAACAUCGUCAAUUGAAGACAAUAAGAAGAAAUUAUUAGAAGAACGUAUUUCAAGGUUAGAACAGGAACUUAAAGACAAGGAGAAUCAUUUUCAGAGCAUACUGUUAACUUUACAAGAAAAAUUUGGCGAUAUGAAGCAAAAGUAUGAAAAACAUAUAAUCGACGUAGAACGUCAGUUGAUGGAAGAUCGUAAAUUAAAUAAUGAUUUAAAGAUAAAAAUAAAUAAAGGUAAUUCAAUUGAUGCGUCCGUUCAAACAAUCCCACGAUAUCAACACACUGUAUCCACGCAAACAUUCAUUAAAACCGAUCGAGCUACUUCAGCGGUGAGUCGAUUGACACAAAAUUCCGCAUUGAUAUUUAAUAAAUUAAAAGAGGAUAGCUAUUUGGUAGCAACAAUAAAAGGACUACAAGCUGAACUAACUGUCAAACAACGUACUAUUUCUAAGAUCAAUCGAGAAACAGAAGAGCUUAAGAAGAAUUUACGGAAUUCACAAAAGGAAAAGGAAGUUUUAAUGAACUUGAAUCCCCAAAAGAAAAUAGUUUGUAAGCCAGCGAAGUCAGCUGAAAAUAUAUUGGCAAGAGUGAAUAGUGAAAUGGAAGCGGAGUUAAGUGAGAUUAGGAAGCAGAAAGAAAACCUUAUGCAAGAAAGGGCAGGAUUAUUUGCAUCGCUUAAACGCUCAAACGAAGAUUUGAUAUUGCUUAAAAAGAAAAGGAUUCAAGAUCUCCAUACUCUUCAAUUGGCCCAUGAAAAGGAACUGAUGCAGAUGAAUAUGCAAUUGUAUCCGCUACAAGAAGAAAUCAAGCUACUCAAUCGAACUGUUGAAAUUCUUCAGGAUCGAGUGAGGGCCGCAGAAGAUAAAGUUCUUAGGAAUCAAAGUGAUAUUAAAAACGACCCACAGGCCGGUGGAGAUAACCCACUGUGUAAGAAUAAUAAUCGUUGAAAAUUUUCCGUGUUGAUUUGUGUGCAAAACGAGCGGUAUUUUUUUACUUUUCAAAAAUUUUCACAAACCGUUAAAAUAGAUAAAAGCCGAUAUUUUGUAUUAUGUUUCACAUUACCAGACCUGCCUCGGAUUUAUGACUAGGCCUAUAGGGCCCGACCCAGCCAAAAAUAAUAUACUUUUCCUCUAACCGCUUAGAAAUAGGGGAGCCUCAAAUGUCUGUCUGUGCCUAUGUGCCUUAGAUCUCUAAGUCGCCCGGACUUAUGAGUGCUUAUGAGUGGAAUAAGGUAUAUAUACUUUUUUACAAGAUUCCUCUUUGGCAGAGUGAUUGUAUAUUAUG